AGAAGUGCAAAUGGGGUAGCAAAGAAUCAAACUUUGACACACUUUUUUAUUUUUCACUCAUCUUUUUUGCAUUCUUUACCUUCUGAGCCAUCCCUCCUAGCAUGUCUUUCCCUUGUUUUUUCUACUCUUGAUAUACAAAUACUUGACAUCUUUAUUGCUUAAGUUUCUUCUACUAGCACUUGCUUCUUUUUGUAUACCAACUUUUCUGUUUUGCUACUUGGGUUUUCAUGGAAAUUGAUUUGAACCAUGUGGUGAGUGAAGUAGAGGAGCCUAAUGCUUGUAAUGGGGAGUGUAACAAGAAGGGAGAUGCUUCUGUUGUUUGUUGCUUGUCAUCUUCAACUUCUUCUUGUUCUUCAACUAUUUCAUCUCCAAUGGCUGCUGCUGCUGCAGCAGCUGCUUCUCCAAUGUUUAUGGAGCUUUGGCAUGCUUGUGCUGGCCCUUUAAUCACACUUCCCAAGAAGGGAGAUUUAGUUGUAUAUUUCCCACAAGGCCAUUUGGAACAAGCUGCCUCUGCCUCUCCUUUCCCACACAUUCAAGUGUCUAAUUUUGACCUUAACCCUCAGAUCUUUUGCAAGAUUUUGGAUGUUCAGCUGCUGGCAAAUAAAGAGAAUGAUGAGGUCUAUACACAGCUAACUCUACUUCCAGUGCCAGAACCAGAGUUUCCGGACACAAAUUUAGAAGAAAAACAGCAUGAAUGCCCGGGGAUGGAUGACGAAGAGGGUGGAGCUACACCUACAAAAUCAACCCCUCACAUGUUCUGCAAGACCUUGACUGCAUCUGAUACCAGCACCCAUGGAGGAUUUUCUGUUCCUCGUAGAGCUGCUGAAGACUGUUUCGCCCCUCUUGAUUACACGCAACAGAGGCCAUCUCAGGAGCUUGCUGCCAAGGAUCUUCAUGGAGUGGAGUGGAAGUUUCGUCACAUUUAUAGAGGCCAGCCAAGGCGGCAUCUGUUAACAACGGGGUGGACUAUCUUUGUGAGCCAAAAGAAUCUUGUUUCAGGAGAUGCUGUCCUCUUUUUAAGGGGAGCAAAUGGCGAUCUGCGUUUGGGAAUCAGAAGAGCUGCGAGACCUAGAAAUGGGCUUCCAGACUCGGUUAUUGGGAGCCAAAAUACUUGUCGAGAUGUUCUCUCCUCAGUAGCUAAUGCUAUAUCCAGUAAUAGUCCCUUUCAUAUAUACUAUAACCCAAGGGCUAGUCAUGCAGAAUUUGUUGUGAACUAUCAAGAGUAUGUCAAAAGCAUCCGAAGUCAAAUUCCCAUAGGUGUAAGAUUUAAGACAAAGUUUGAUAAGGAUGAUUCCUCAGAAAGAAGGUUUGGUGGUGUGGUUACUGGUAUCCAAGAUCUGGAUAUAUACAAAUGGCCAAACUCAAAGUGGAGAUGCUUAAGGGUCAGGUGGGAUGACAAGGAUGCAAUUGGUCGUCAUGAUCGAGUUUCCCCAUGGGAAAUAGAUCUUUCUGUUUCACUUCCACCCCUGAGCAUUCCCUCCUCUCCAAGGCUGAAGAAACUGCGGACCAGUCUGCAGGCAACUCCCCCCUCAAACCCUAUUCCUGCAAGGGUUGGAUUUCUAGACUUUGAGGAAUCGUCAAGAUCCUCUAAGGUCUUGCAAGGUCAAGAAAAUGUCGGUUUAGUCUCAUCUCAUGAUAGAGGUGACAAACUAAACUACCCAAGUGAGUUUGAGAUGCAAUCCAUAAUGCAUCAAAGAAUUGCAUCACAUAGGAUGAGCAACACAGGUGCCAAUAAUUUCACAAGGGCUCAGCCAUCCAACACUUACACAGGCUUUUUGGAAUCCAAUAAAUUUCCAAAGGUCUUGCAAGGUCAAGAAAUUUGCUCACUGAAGUUCCUGACGGGGAAGUCUGAUGUCAAACUCAGUGCUUGGGGUAAAACAAUUGGUUAUGAUCUCCUUGACAUGCAUCAAACACCCAAAGCCAAUUUCUACCCACUAGCUUCAGAAGGUACUAGGAACAUGUAUUUUCCUUCUAACAAUGUUAAUAAAGCUGCUCAAGAUCAUGGCAUGCUCGCCUAUACCAACUUCCCAAAAGAGAAACUUCCCUUGAUUUCAUCUUUUAAUCAAAGUGGAUAUACAAACCAUGAAGCCACAAAGUUCAACUCUUCAAAUGAAUCUCGGUCAGACUCUGUCAUAUCUUCGUUUCCUGAAGUAAAGGUGAACUCCAAAUACGAGAAAGAUGACAUCUUAAAUGGAAUGGUGACUGACUGCAAACUUUUUGGUUUUUCAUUAACCGGAGACACUUCAAAUGUAGUCUCUUCCUGUUCAUGCAAGAGGAUCUGCACAAAGGUCCACAAACAAGGAAAUUUAGUGGGAAGAUCCAUUGAUUUGUCAAAGCUGAAUGGUUAUGAUGACCUGCUCAUCGAAAUAGAGUCGCUCUUUAGCAUGGAAGGCCUCUUAAGAGAUCCCGCCAAAGGAUGGAGAAUAUUGUUCACUGAUAAUGAGAAUGACAUGAUGGUUGUUGGUGAUGAUCCUUGGAAUGAUUUCUGUAAAAUGGUAUCCAAAAUACAUAUUUACACCCAAGCGGAAGUGGAGAAGAUGAUGAUUGGGAUGAUCAACGAUGACACUCAAAGUUGUCUAGAAGAAGCACCACAGUAAUGGAUACUACAGGUAUCCAUUGGUUGGCGAAAUUUAUUGUUGCAGUCGGAUAAUUUUCAUAGCCUACUUUCUAGUUUCUACCCUAAUCGCGUGGGAGGAAAUAGAUUUACUCUUCUAAUAUGUAUUGCUAUGUUCAUGUUAUCUGUUAAUUUCAGACCUUUUUAUUUUGAAAAUAUGAGUUUUGGACUCCAGUCAUGCUUAGACGGGUUCGUUUCUGUGGAAGCAUAUGAAAAUUUGAAACUAAGGCACUGCCUCAGUGGCCUGUUGAGGCAUGUACUAUAAGAUCAACUUAUGCAAUACUGUUUUGUCCA